AUGUUCGAAAACGUCUGCAGCCUUCCCCUCCCCGGCGACGUCUUCGCCCAAGCGGUGCACCCGACCGAGCCCGUGGUGACGGUAGGCCUGUACAACGGACGAGUGCAGUGUUUCCGGCUGCCGCCACCGGCGAAUGGGGGCGGGGCCUCGAGCGGUGGGGAGGAGGAGGAGGAUAUGGAGACGAGCAUUCUCUCGGACGGGAGGGCGACGAUUGAGAGUGUUUGGGGGACGAAGAGGCAUAAGAGGAGUUGCAGGGCUUUGGGGUAUUCGCCUGAUGGAGACCUCAUGUUCUCCGCAGGUAGCGACGGCAUCGUAAAGCACUUCUCUUCCACCACCGGCCGCGUCAUCUCCAAAGUCCUCGUCCCCAAAUUCGGCAACCACGACGACGCCCCCUCGAUCCUCCACGCCAUCGACCCGCAACACCUCCUCCUCGGCACCGACGCCGGCGCCCUGCACAUCUUCGACCUGCGACAAGACGGCCUAGCCGCCAAGCCGGCGCGGACGAGCUUCCCGCACACGGACUACAUCUCGUCGAUCGUGCCUCUCCCGCCGCCGAACGCGAGCCAAGGCAGCAGCCCUGGAGCCGACCCCGUGUUUCCCAAGCAGUGGGUUACAACGGGAGGUACCACGUUGGCCGUCACAGACAUGCGAUCGGGAACGUUGGUGCGGUCAGACGACCAGGAGGACGACCUCCUCUGCGCGACGUACGUGGCGGGGAUCGGACCCAAGAAGGCGGCCAACAGGGGUAUCGUGGCCGUGGGAGGCAGCACGGGUGUGUUGACGAUGUGGGACCGCGGAUCGUGGGAUGAUCAGCAGGAGCGAGUGAUUGUCGACAGCGGACGUGGCGGCGGCGACAGCAUCGACGCCGUGGCGCUGAUCCCCGAGGAACUGGGCUACGGAAAAAAGGUCGUCGCGGCGGUCGGGGAUGGGAGUUUGAGGCUUGUGGACCUCGUGAGGAGGGAGGUGGAUGUUACGGCUACGUUGAGGCAUGAUGAUUCCGAGGGGGCGGUGGCGGUUGGGUUUGACUGUUUUGGGAGGAUGAUUACGGCCGGCGGGGCGAUUGUGAAGAUUUGGGAGGAUUUGACAGAGUUGCAGGGGAACGGGGCGGAGGAUGAUGAGGAGGAGGAGUCUGAUGAGGAAGAAGACGAGGAAGAAGAGGAAGACUCUGACGAUGAUGAGGAGGAGGAUGGAGCUGAGGAUGCAAGUGGGAAGAAGAGGGCGAGGGAAGAAGAUAGUGAUGAGGAAGACUCGGACUCGGAUUCGGAGGAGGAAAGGGAUAGAGAGAGGAGGGAGAGGCAGCGGAAGAGGAGGGAGGCGAUCGCGGCGAGGUUGGGGCCUAUGGGGGCGCACGGCGUGUUGAGGUUUGAAGGUCUGGAUUGA